GGCAAGGAUACACGCAAGAAAGCUUUUUUGAGAUGGGAGUGACUAGUCAGUGGCUUUGACUUACACACAAAUACAGUGUUCCGUCUCCCCAGGAGUGCUGAAAGUGCGGGCACGAACUGCCUGCCUGGCGAGCGGGUGGAGGGGGUGCUGGAGGGAGCGCACGCAGCUGGAGCUGCUCCCCCGGGGGCGCGGGCGGCAGGUGGGCGGCGGCAAGGGGCCUUGAGUGACAAUUCUGUCUUCCGAAGGGGAAGGCGCUGGUGUCCUGUGGCCUGGAGGGAGCUAACUGUGCUCAACCUGGAGAAGGUGUGGGCCCCGCUCACUGGCCUUGCAGGUUACAAAGUCCAUACAGAAGGUAGAGCCAGUGAAAACAUCUGGAAAGUGACCUCGGUGUUGAGCUGGUGGAGAGAGGGUUGACCACCUGGGGACAGGCCACCUCUGUGGUCUCGUUACCGCAUGUACCCUUAGUACUAGCACAACUUCACGUACUUUAACUUUGUUCAGUGUGCAGGGUUCGUUCAUCGCUGCUGGAAGAGAAUAAUGGACUGACCCAGGACACCAAAACGGUUCAAUAUCGACGCAUCACCCGAUAAGGGCAAUGAUUUUGUUGUUGUUCUGGUUUUUUUUCCAAAUCACACACCUCUCUGAUGUGUGUUCCUAGUUUUACUAUAAACUGAGGUAUCAGCCACGUAGGGUUUGGAAUAUCUACUGAUCCAGUUGCCCAGAGACUGUGGUUGGAUUUAUGAAUUAUUUGAACAGUUGUCACUUGAAAGAGAACUGACAGUAACUUCAUAAUAAUUUUACAAAGCUCUUCCUGAGAAUAAGCUGUUGAGCAUAUACUCCCCAUUAGGUCUUAAUUUUAAAAGUAUUAUUGACUCUUAUUUUUAUGAAUCAAGUAAGUCCUGGAAAAAGCCGAGAUACCUGAAUGAAAUAGCCAAGAUGGAAAACUUCUGUUAUUCUCCUUGUAAUAAGUUCUCUUAAUUUUAUGGCAUAAGUGAACAGCAGGUAUUCUCAGGUAUAAGGUUUGUAGCUUGUCAGUAUAUUCAUUCCCAGAGCUUUAGACUCCCAUUGGUUUUGCUACUUUUGGUUAUUUCUCAGCAAAAUAAUGCCAUUAAUUUUUUUGUAACAAGAAAUGGACUCUCAAUUUUCAAUAUACAUAAGAUUAGUGCUUUUUUAAUCAUAAAAUUAUUUUGCCAUGUUAGAAGACACUUUUUCAGAAGACGACAUCUGGGAAUACAAAUCCAGAAGAAAACCCAAACCAGUACGUCCAAAUAGGUGCUCCGAACAUAUUCCAAAAUCUGUUGAAAAAACAACAAAUGAAAAAGACCAAUCAAAACGGAACAGAAACAAAAAAAGAACUAUAGAUGCCAAAGGGAAAGUGAAGGACCAUGCUAGGUGCCUCGGAGAAACAGAUUGUCAGACUUCUGUUGCUUCUAGUCAGAAUUCAAGUUGUGAAGAUGGUCUUCAGCAGUCCCAAACCGGGGAAACCACUCCACGGAAGCCCUGUAGAGCUCAGAAGAACAAACAAGCAUCCCCAAAGAUACGUCCAGUUUAUGACGGAUACUGCCCAAACUGCCAGAUGCCUUUUUCCUCAUUGCUAGGUCAGACACCUCGAUGGCAUGUUUUUGAAUGUUUGGAAUCUCCACCAGACUCGGAAAAAGAGUGUCCUGAUGGUCUUCGCUGUAGCUCAACAAUUCCUUCUCAUUACAAGAGAUACACCCACCUGCUGCUAGCUCAAAGUAGGGCUGGUAAUAACCCUUUUAACAGCCCACCCCAGGGGUCAGAUGGGACCAAUGCAGGCUCUCUUUGUAGCCUUGAGGGAAGAUGGUCUUUGUCUCAGAAACAAACUGACAAUUUGAAACAUAUUUCUAAUCCCUUGUUGAUAACACAAGAAAAUCUUAGUCUACAAAAAUCUCAGACUCCAACUGAAGGCAAUGAAAAGAUUUCAUCAAAUAUCCAAAUGUCCCAAAAAACUUUACCACGUACACAAUUUGUUAAAGAUGACACAUUGGUAGAAGUUGGUUUGCCUGUUGCUGAUGAAGAAUUAGACUGCCAAAACAACUCAGAGCUCAUAGAUUUGUCUUUGCCAGAAAAUGACCUCAGCGACUGUGAAAUCUCUUAUUCUCCACUUCGAAGUGAUGAAGAAACUUAUGAUAGAGAUGAAAAGCUGUGUAAUUCACAGCAGGUA